GUUUCUUCUGUAGCAUAUGUUCAAGUUUAUGUUGUGAACGCAUUUUUCCUGAAAGGCUUUUAAGACGGGUGAAGAAUGCCGACCGCGCAGUCUGUUAUGCUUGCUAUACACUGUAAAAAGGCCGAUACAGUUGAUCUGAAAACUCCCCUAUUAACUUACAUUCGCGCAACAUACUCUGAUCGGGAGGCAGACGAUGCUGCAGAUGACCUUGAGCGCAUUCAGGCCUUGCGCGCGGAGGUUGCGCUGGCUCAGAGUGGAAGUCAGCCCAGCGCACGUGACACGCUGAUGAAGUACUACCGCUGCCUGUGUGCCAUCGAGACGCGCUUCCCCAUCAGCAAGGAGAAGGGACAUGCGCAAGUCGUCUUCUCCUGGUUCGACGCCUUCCGCCCCACCCGCCGCGCCUCCCAGCCCAACAUCCACUUCGAGAAGGCGGCGGUGCUGUUCAACUCGGGCGCACUGGCCUCGCAGGCGGCGCUGGGCAGCGACCGGACGAGUGCGGAGGGGCUCACGGCGGCAUGCAAGCUGUUCCAGGAGGCCAGUGGCACCUUCCAGCUGCUCCGCGAGGCCGAGUCCGCCAAGACCGACACCCCCCGCCCGCUGGACACCGGCGCGGAGUGCGCGGGGCUGCUGGAGAAGCUGAUGCUCACGCAGGCGCAGGAGUGCGUUUACCACAAGGCGGUGAUCGACAAGAAGAGCCCCAACGUGCUGGCAAGGCUGGCCAAGCAGGCCGCCCUGAUGUACGAGGAGGUGGAGCGGCUGUUCGCCGCUCCCGCGCUGGCCGGCUACUUCGACAAGAGCUGGGUGCAGCACGUCAGCCUCAAGGCCAGCAUCUACCAGGUAGAGGAGCUGAUCCAGGCCAGUCGGCAGCAGCGCGCGGACGACAAGGUGAACAACGAGAUAGCGGUGCUCAAGGAGGCUUUCGCACGGCUGCAGAGCACCCGGCGUAUCGCCAAGGCCAUCAGUACCGAGAUGGCGGACAGCGUCAACCGCACGCAGGAGCUGGUCCAGCAGCUGUUGGCUCGCGCGGAGAAGGACAACAACUCCAUCUACCUCAUGAAGGUCCCCUCCUUCCCCGAGCUGCCCCCCACCCCUGGCGCCCUGCUGGUCAAGGCCGCCCCCCCGCCCGCACCCGCGCUGGAUGCGGCGGCGGAGCACCUCUUCACCGGGCUGGUGCCGGAGGCGAGCGCCCGCGCGCUGUCCAAGUACAGCGAGCAGGUUGACAGCCUGCUGCGGGGGCAGCUGGAGCGGCUGGCGGGGGCGACUGACACGGCGCGGCUGAGGCUGCGGGAGUGGGAGCUGCCGGACACGCUGCAGGCCAUGGACGCCCGUACCUCCGCUGCGCUGCCCGAGGCGCUUCAGCGGGAGCUGGCGGAGAUCGAGGGCAUCGGGG